CUCCGCGACCAUCUAUCUACGCGCGUCAUCCAGGUCAAGUCCCCCUCUCCACCUACAUGCCUGGGCAUAUGUAUAUACGCUCACAAUAGUCAACCGUGCAUCUAUUCAACAGGCGCAUGCCAUGACCUCGAACCCCCGUCACGUCGUACAAACUUCCACCGAGGCCAAGAUUGCGUACAAACGCGCUGGGCACGGCAUAUCAUAUUAUAAACAGCGCUCAUUGGAGCGCGGCGCCCAACUGGACGAGCGCGCGACACGUUUCAAAGAGAAGGAGGAAAGGCGCAAGUUUCUGCAGAAGAAACGCGAGGAACGCGAGGCAAAAGAGCGUCAAGCUAGAGAGCGCAAUGGCGUGGGGCUCGCCACCCAAAUGAUUGGCUACAGCCAUACCCAAGCGCAGCUGAAGAAGGGCAUGGAAGCCUUUCUAGGAUACAGCAAAAGAAAAACGGACGAGGAUAGGAAGGCCCAGGAACAUAAGGAUGCCGAAAUGCGCAGGAGUAUAGAAGCUCUCACCGAAGACAUGUCCAAAGAACCGUGGGAUGACCAAGGCGACUCAGCAUUGCCAGACCUGGACUCCACACAUGGGAACAGGGGCGAUACAUGGUUGGAUGACGAUUUGGACGAUGACGCAUUGAUAGAAGCACAUGACAUGGCUCUAUCAGAUCCCGUUGAUCCAGUGCCGAGCUUCUCUACCCCCGCAACGAAGGUCUUUGCGCCGCAACACCCUGUACAACCGGCGCGAGCACAAGCACCCAAGAAGGAAGAGCCAGGAUUUAUUCGUCUCCACGGCCCGAUUGAUAAGAUGAUCGAGUCUGCUCUGACGAAACUCCCCGCUUCAUUGGUAGAGUUCCUGUCAGAGGAUACACCUACGAACCAAAUCCUCUGGGAUCCCGCCGUGUCUCUCUUACACAAGCUCAAUCCCCUAGGCCUUCCUCCACAUCGUCUGCGCAUCAAAGUUGGCUGCGUAGCCAUGCUGUUGCGAGACCUCAAUUCCAGUGGUCAGUCCUCUAAAAGUCAACACCUCCGGGUCCUUAGGAUAGACAAGGAUAGGUUGGAAUGCCUGGUGCUUGAUGGUCAGCUGGAGGGUGCAAAAAUGUUCUUGACACGAACGGCAUUUCCCGCUUGCCAUCACAACAAUAAGCUGUUUCCUUUUCAAAGACUACAAUUUCCAAUCAAAGUCUCGACGGAUUACGAUUCUAAGAAAGUGAUCAACACAACCCUGCCAUGCUCAUCCAAGCUGCCAUUAGUAACCAAGGAUAUAUCACAGGCCUCGAUCAAUAUGAUCAAGAAGCCCCCACUGGAAGCGGCUGCGACCAAGUCACACACGACUUCCGCACGCAAUCCUGGCUUCAGAUUGCCUGGUAUACCGGCGAGCAAAGUAAAGCCUUCUGUACACAUGCUCAGUUCGGAGUUCGACGGUUGGGCCGACUUUCUUGACAGCAGUACCCAAAUUGCCCGAGAACUUGACGGCGAUCAGACUUCUCGUGCGAGACCUGUGGAUGCGUCCACUAUCCCGACCACGCUUGAUUCUUGCCGUCAUUCUUCCAAGGACACAGCUCCACUUUCCCCGCAAGACUUCGAUUUCUCUCCUUCGGAUUUGAUGGCCGAAUCUUCCCAGAACUUGCUUGAGGCUAAGCAAUUUUCAAAUAAACAGCCGUCGAAGUGCAAGUGUAUACGGUCGGGCUUUGAAAAAGCCAGCAAAAUAGUCACUGAACAAUCACAUCAUGUCCUAUGA